GGCGCUGGAUAAUCAACGAAUUCGGGUUAAUCAAGUGACAUUUAAAUAAAAAAUCGCACAGACACACAUUGGGCUGGAAGGGAGUGUGAGUUCUGCUUGAAUGAAAGUUUCACUUGCGGCAGAGCAGUAAACAGCAGAGCAAUAGCGAAAGAGAGAGAGAGUGAGAGAAGGGUAGAACGCGCUAAGAGCGCAGCGCAUAAUACUAGUAAGCGUAACUGACGAAGCUGGCAUAUUUUAUUGUGUUUGUUGGCUGGUUAAUUGUAUGGUUUUUUGUGUACUUUGUGGGAGCGACGUUUGUGAAUGACUGUAGUAGAGAUUCUGAAAUAAAUUAGUUGUAAGCAGCGUAAAAGCACUCAGUUAUAAACGAUCCUACGAUACGCAACGCUGAACGCGCAAAAAACGAACGAACUGAAACUCGAGUGCUGGAAAAAAUACUUACAUAUAUAUACUCAUAAUACUCAGACUAAAAAUUAGUCAAGUUCAAUUAAAAGAUUCUUGUGUAAAAAAGUAGAGGAUAGAAUAAAAGCUGAAAUAUAAAUCAAACAAGUUCCACUUAAAAAAGAUCCGUCAUCAGAAGAUCCGUAGUAAUUCCAGUGACAAUGAAAGGCAGCAAUCUCACCACAGAAGAGCGUCGUCUCCUGCGCAGCUUGCUGAUCGAUCUGAUCAUAUUUAUUGUGCUCGUAGUGCCGAUAAUCAUAUUUGAGUUCGUAAUUGAGCCAUUUCAUCGUGGCUUCUUCUGUUCGGAUGAGACUAUACGUUAUCCUUUCCACAAAAAUACCAUCACAACAGCAAUACUCGCAGUGAUCGUCGUGGGCGUGCCGGCUAUUAUAAUUAUUAUAGUUGAAUUUACGCUCUUUCAUCGCCGCGGACGCUUACAGGAGCGUAUCUUGCUUUUCGGUUUUAGUGUGCCCACAUUGUUGGUGGAGUGUGUAAAGCAUGCGCUUUAUUUUAGCUUUGGCGGCCUUCUAACGUUCGAAGCGACGGAGGUGGGCAAAUUUACAAUCGGUCGCUUGCGUCCACAUUUCAUUAGUGUUUGUCAACCGCAAUUGCUGGACGGCAGUACUUGCGAUUCACCGCAAAACCAAUAUCGUUAUGUGGAGAAAUACAUCUGUUUGGGCAACGGUUUUACGUUGGAUGAUGUAGAGCAAUCGCGUCUCUCCUUUCCCAGCGGCCAUUCGAGCUUGAGCUUCUUUGCGCUCGUUUACAUGGCCAUCUAUCUGCAUUAUAAAGUCACUUGGCGAGGUUCACAGUUGACGCGUCAUUUCCUACAGUUCGCUCUCGUCAUGCUGGCUUGGUUUACUGCGCUGUCGCGUGUGAUGGACUAUUGGCAUCACUGGUCGGAUGUCCUUUUCGGUGGUCUGUUAGGUGUACUGAUGGCGUUGAUAACAGCGCGUUACAUUACUAAGGACUUUGGCAUGCCGAGGGAGAGCCAGCGUGUGGAGUUGCCACGUCAGGAUACGAGCACGACGCUGAAUGAGAUCAUCCCAACAUCGCCACCAUAUGCUUACGGAUGCGAAGACGGUGGUAGUGUCGAGUCGUUGCAGCAGCAGAAUACGGGCAACAGUAAACUUAACCAUGAACAGUUCUGUACGAAAGUGUGAACGGUUGGGUGGGGAUGGUAUUCUAUUUAUUGCAGUGUGAUAAUUAAAAUUUAAGUGGCUUAAGUAUACUAUAGCACUUAAGAGUCGUAGAGAUAAUGAGUAUACGGUAAACAUAGGUUAUUUUAUGUAAGUUAGGCUAUAGCGGUAAAAUUAAAUACCCAUUUCAAAAACAAAAAAA